UCCCCGCCGCGCCGCGGGCUGGUGGGCUCCGCUGCGGCGCCGCUGCCGGGACAUGACCCUGCCCGGGGGCCCGACGGGCAUGGCGCGGCCUGGGGGCGCGGGGCCCUGCAGCCCGGGGCUGGAGCGGGCCCCGCGCCGGAGCGUCGGGGAGCUGCGUCUGCUCUUCGAGGCGCGCUGCGCCGCGGUCGCCGCGGCCGCCGCUGCGGGGGAGCCCCGGGCCCGCGGGGCCAAGCGGCGCGGGGGCCAGGUCCCCAACGGGCUCCCGCGCGCGCCCCCGGCCCCGGUGAUCCCGCAGCUGACGGUGACGGCCGAGGAGCCCGACGUGCCCCCGGCCAGCCCCGGGCCGCCCGAGCCCCAGGGCGGCUGGCUCCCGGCCGCGGGCUCCGCGCACCUGCAGCAGCCGCGCCGCCUGUCCACCUCGUCGCUGUCCUCCACCGGCUCCUCGUCGCUGCCCGAGGACUCGGAGGACGACCUGCUCAGCGACAGCGAGAGCCGCAGCCGCGGCAACGUGCAGCUGGACGCGGGCGAGGACGCGGGGCAGAAAAGCCACUGGCAGAAGAUCCGCACCAUGGUGAAUCUCCCGGUGAUGAGCCCCUUCAAGAAGCGAUACUCCUGGGUGCAGCUGGCGGGGCACACGGGGAGUUUCAAGGCGGCGGGCACCAGCGGGCUGAUCCUGAAACGAAGCUCCGAGCCGGAGCGCUACUGCCUGGCGCGGCUCAUGGCGGACGCCCUGCGCGGCUGCGUGCCGGCCUUCCACGGCGUGGUGGAGCGCGACGGCGAGAGCUACCUGCAGCUGCAGGACCUGCUGCACGGCUUUGACGGGCCCUGCGUCCUGGACUGCAAGAUGGGCGUCAGGACUUACCUGGAAGAGGAGCUGACGAAAGCCCGGGAGCGACCCAAGCUGCGGAAGGACAUGUACAAGAAGAUGCUGGCGGUGGACCCCGAGGCGCCCACCGAGGAGGAGCACGCGCAGCGCGCCGUCACCAAGCCCCGCUACAUGCAGUGGCGGGAGGGCAUCAGCUCCAGCACCACCCUUGGUUUCCGCAUCGAGGGCAUCAAGAAAGCCGACGGCUCCUGCAGCACCGACUUCAAGACCACGCGCAGCCGGGAGCAGGUGAUUCACGUCUUCCAGGAGUUUGUGGAAGGGGAUGCCGAAGUGUUGAGGAGAUACCUGAACCGCCUGCAGCAGAUCCGAGACACCCUGGAGGUCUCUGAGUUCUUCAGGAGGCACGAGGUGAUCGGCAGCUCCCUCCUCUUCGUGCACGACCACAGUCAUCGCGCUGGAGUGUGGCUCAUCGACUUCGGCAAGACUACGCCCCUCCCCGACGGCCAGACCCUGGACCACCGGCGGCCUUGGGAGGAGGGCAACCGCGAGGACGGCUAUUUGCUGGGGCUGGACAAUCUCAUUGGCAUCCUGGCCAGUCUGGCCCAGAGAUGAGGCUGGGCCCCUGUCCCCGCAGACGGGAGGGUCUGACAGAUGGACGGCGACUGCGUCCCGUCCCUGUCGUGCAUGUGGGCUAAGAACUGAAACCCCGCGGUGCGGGGCGGCUCACAUGGUCCAGCAGGACCAGGUGCCAACCUCUUGGGGCGCACUGCUGCAUGUGCAGCGGGAGCGGUGCCCACGCUAGCCCCAGCAUUUCCAGAGCCUAUGACACUAAUAUACAGGGGCAGGGUGGGACAAUAGGCUUCGUCCUCAGCUCAGCUCUUCUGAGGGGGCUGCUUACCUUUCCAGAGAGGAUGGAAAAUGAAUUUUAUUUCGCAAGCACUAGAGCUAUUGGUCUAAACUCACACUACGAUGGACUCCCCUUCCCAAUAAAAGGAAAAGACA